CGUUGCUGCGCUGCCCCGCCGGCCCCGCCCCCGCCCGUCCCGUGCCGGCCGCGCGCGGCCAGGGGCAGCCGCCGCCGAGCCGGACGCAGCAUGACGGCCUUCGGCGCGCAGGCGCAGAGGAUGCUGGUGCCCAGGAGACCACGCUGGUCCUUCUUCGAAUCCCUCAUCCGGACACUCAUCAUCGUGUGUGCCGCGCUGGCCGUCGUCCUGUCGUCCGUGUCCAUCUGCGAUGGCCACUGGCUCCUGGCUGAGGGGCACCUCUUUGGGCUGUGGCAGUUCUGCAUCCUCCCCAGCCAGACUGAGCCUCACUGCCUCCGAGACCUGAGCCAGGCGCGCGUGCCCGGCCUGGCCCUGGGCAUGGUCGUCGCCCGCAGCGUGGGCACCUUGGCUGUGGUGGCGGCCAUCUUCGGCCUGGGCUUCCUCAUGGUGUCGCAGGUGUGCGAGGACCUACACGCGCGGCACAAGUGGGCCCUGGGCUCCGCCCUCCUCCUGGUCUCCUUCGUCCUCUCCUCGGCGGGCCUCCUCAGCUUCGUGGUCCUCCUCAGGAACCAGAUCACCCUCCUGGGCUUCACCCUGAUGUUCUGGUGCGAGUUCACCGCCUCCUUCCUCUUCUUCCUGAACGCCGUCAGCGGCCUUCACAUCAACAGCCUCACCCAGCCCUGGGGCCAGCUAAGGAAACUUUAGCCGCUCCCAGGCGCACCCCGUGCCUUGCUCACUCUGAGGACUUUGGGGUUCUACAGCAAGUGUGGCUGAGACGAGGGCGUUUCUAACACACGUGAUCUCUGGUGGGAGCCAAGUGGGGACAGGAUCGUGGAAACUAC